GCUUCCCUCCUUCGUUUCCUUCCGCCCGGCUCGCCGCUUGUGGGAGGAGGGCAGAGAAACGGGCUGACCGCAGCUCGGCUAUUCGCCUGUCGCUCGGACACCGCCGCGUAAAUGCCGGAUUGACGCAGGUCCACGACGCGGGGGCAGCUUCCAGUCGAUGCCGUUCGGCGACACCCUCCGCAGCCCGCGAAAUGGACACGGAACAGCGUUGAAAAGUGUGCGUUAGUCAAGCUAAGCAGUUAGCGGCUAAGCCCCGAGCUCCCCGCCUCGCUGAACCCUCCCCAAUCCUCUGCUAGCCAGUUGACGUCGGCUCGGCUCGCCUCGCCUCUCUCGGUGCGGCGCGCUUGCCCGUCACCUCAUCUCCCACCACCACCAAAGAAAAUGAAGAAGUUCAACAUUCGUAAGGUGCUGGACGGCUUGACGUCGUCUUCGUCCUCGGCUGCGCACACUGGGGCCGCCAAGGAGAAUGACGCCGUCCCGGAGAGCCUGCAGUCGGAGCAUUUCCAGCUUUGCAAGACUGUGCGUCAUGGCUUCCCGCAUCAGCCGUCCUCCAUGGCCUUCGACCCUGUACAGAAAAUCUUGGCUGUCGGGACACUUAACGGAGCUUUGAGGCUCUUCGGCCGCGCAGGUGUGGAGUGUUACUGCCAACAUGAAAGUGGCGCCGGCGUCAUCCAGCUCCAAUUUCUCAUCAACGAGGGGGCACUAGUGAGCGCCUUAGCUGAUGACAGCAUCCACCUGUGGAACCUGAGGCAAAAGAUUCCCGCCAUCCUGCAUUCGCUCAAAUUCAACAGGGAGAGAAUCACGUACUGCCACCUGCCCUUCCAGAGCAAGUGGCUUUACAUCGGCACGGAACGAGGCAACAUCCACAUCGUCAACGUGGAAUCCUUCACCCUCUCAGGCUACGUCAUCAUGUGGAACAAAGCCAUCGAACUAUCCACCAAGACACACCCAGGGCCUGUAGUGCACAUCAGUGAUAACCCCAUGGAUGAAGGAAAGCUCCUCAUUGGAUAUGAGUGCGGCGUGGUGGUGUUGUGGGACCUCAAGUCCAAAAAAGCUGACUACCGCUACAACUAUGAUGAGGCCAUCCACUCGGUCGAUUGGCACCACGAGGGCAAGCAGUUCGUCUGCAGCCACUCCGAUGGCACUCUGACCACUUGGAACAUUCGAACCCCUGCCAAGCCGACGCAGAUCAUCACGCCGCAUGGAAAGCAGCCCAAGGAUGGCAAAAAGCCAGAGCCGUGCAAGCCCAUCCUGAAGGUGGAGUACAAAACCACACGGGCUGGAGACCCGUUUAUGGUUCUGUCCGGCGGUCUGUCCUACGACACGGUGGGCCGGAGAGCCUGUCUGACGGUGAUGCACGGCAAGAGCACCGCCGUCCUGGAGAUGGACUUCCCCAUCGUGGAUUUCCUCACACUGUGCGAGACGCCGUAUCCCAACGAUUUUCAGGAGCCGUACGCUGUGGUGGUCCUCCUGGAGCGGGAUUUAGUCGUCAUCGACCUCGGACAGAUCGGCUACCCGAUAUUCGAGAAUCCUUACCCCCUCAGCAUCCACGAGUCCCCGGUGACCUGCUGCGAGUACUUUGCCGACUGCCCCGCCGAACUCAUUCCCGCACUUUACUCAGUGGGCAGCCGACAGAAGAGGCAAGGCUACAGCAAGAAGGAUUGGCCCAUCAACGGGGGAAACUGGGGACAAGGCACGCAAAGUUACCCUGAGAUCGUCAUCACCGGACACGCUGACGGCACGAUCAAAUUUUGGGAUGCUUCUGCGUUGAUGCUCCAAGUGCUGUACAAGCUGAAGACGGCCAAGGUGUUCGAGAAAGCCCGCGGCAAGGAAGAGAAGGCCAACACGGACAUCGUGGACGAGGAUCCCUUCGCCAUCCAGACGCUGUGCUGGUGCCCCGAGAGCAGGAUGCUGUGCGUGGCCGGCGUGUCGGCGCACGUCAUCGUCUACCGCUUCAGCAAGCAGGAAGCCGCCGCCGCCAACGUGCAGCUCUUAGAGGUACGCAUGCAAUGCGAGCUGAGUGACACCGACUCGCCCGACACCGGCGGCGAGCAGACCCCCACGCAGGCUUCCUCGGUGCCCCCCAGCCCCCAGGAGGGCGACGCCCCCGCCACAGCCUCCAGUCAACCCUCCGCCGGCGGAAACGGCAGCAAUCCUUCGUCGGACGGGCAGCGAGACAACAUGCCCUGCCUUCAGGUGCGCAGCUCCCCUCUGAAGCAGUCUCCGGGCUACCAGGUGGAGCUGGUGGUGCAGCUGGUGUGGGUGGGCGGGGAGCCUCCUCAGCCGAUCACCAGCUUGGCCAUCAACUCCUCGUACGGACUGGUGGUGUUUGGUAACAGCAACGGCAUGGCAGUGGUGGACUACCUCCAGCAAACGCUGCUGCUCAACCUCGGCACGUCGGAGCUGUACGGCGCGUCGGAGCCCUACCAGAGGCAGCCUUGCUCCCCGCGCAAAGCCCGCCAGCCCUCCGGAGCGCUGUGCGAUUCCAGUGACGGGCCCAACGCCGCAGAGGAACGCUGCAAGUCUCCCAACUCAGGAUCCACCUCGCCCUGCAAUUCUGAUGAUGAGCGCAAGGCCAAGUUUAUAAAAAAGGUGAAGUACAAAAGCAGGCGCUUUUCCAAGACGGUUGCCAAUGACUUUGCUAGGAUGUCGCGGAAAAUUAGCUCGUCUAAUGAGCAUAAACCAAACACGGAGUGCCAUUCCAGCCCGUCCAGGAAACGCUUUUAUUACACCCACACCGGCACGCCCACGUCAAGCCGCAAGAGCGUGAAGUUGGCUUUCCCCACAGCAAACUCAGACCACAAUAUGAAUUCCAAGGACAACUCAUUCAGCCGCUCGCGCAGCUCCAGCGUGACCAGCAUCGACAGGGAGUCCCGCGAGGCCGUCUGCGCCUUCUGCUUCUGCGAGACCUUCCCCAGGAAGUCGGCUGACGGCGUGCCAGGCCCCUGUGUGCUGGUGGGCACCAGCCAGGGCUCCGUCAUGCUGCUGGCCAUCAGCCUGCCACCCGGCGACGACCAGAGGCUCAUUCAGCCAGUCGGGAUCUCCUCCUGCGGAACGGUGGCCAGACUCAAAGGAGGCAUCUUAACAAUGGCCCUGCUGGACGCCGCCGGAGCGGCGCUGCCCGCCUCCUACGAGCCAUGGUACGAUCCCAACGCCUCGGAUGAGGAGAAGGAGAAGGAGAGGAGCCGGUGGCGCCGACCAGCGUCGCCGCCUUCAUCGCAGGAGGGUCACGACUCGCAGUUCGCCGUCCUGUGCUCGGAGAAGCAGGCCAAGGUGGUGGCCGUGCCGUCCCAGACCCGAGUCCACAAACACAACAUCACCGAGUCGUCCUUCGUGCUGAGGGCCGACGUUGUGCAGAUGGCCGGAGCCAACUGCAUCGCCUGCUUCUGCGCCAACGGACACAUCAUGACACUUAGCUUGCCGAGUCUGCGGCCCCUCCUGGACGUCAACUACCUGCCGCUGACGGACAUGCGGAUAGCGCGGACCUUUUGCUUCUCCAGUCUGGGGCAGGCUCUGUACCUCACCUCGCCCACGGAGGUGCAGAGGAUCACCUACAGCCAGGAGACCUGUGACAACUUGCAGGAGAUGCUGAGUGAGUUGUUCACACCAGUGGAGACCCCAGAAGCUCCCAACCGAGGUUUCUUCAAAGGCCUCUUUGGUGGAGGAGCUCAGUCUCUGGAUCGGGAAGAUCUCUUCGGCGAAACGGCGUCCGGGAAGGCUUCUCGCAGCCUGGCCCAACACAUCCCCGGCCCGGGCAACAUGGAAGGCAUGAAGGGCGCGGCAUCGGGCGUGGUCGGCGACCUGGCCCGCGCGCGGGUAGCGCUGGACGAGCGAGGCCAGAAACUGGGCGAGCUGGAGGAGAGGACGGCCGCCAUGAUGUCUAGCGCCGAGUCCUUCUCCAAGCACGCUCAUGACAUGAUGCAAAAGUACAAAGAUAAGAAGUGGUACCAGCUCUGAUGAUGGCGGGCAACGCCUGGACGAGAACUGGGGACUCUGUAAUCACACACCACACACACACACACAUGCGCGCUAAUAUGGCCGAGGAGCUGCAGAUCCUUUGUCAUCCUUGUCUAAUUCUCACGUGAGGGGAAGGUUCUCCUGAGCUGUUUGGAAUUGCGUUUAUUAUUAUUUUUGCAUUGCCUCGCUGGCCGAAGGACCACAGUUUUGGACCUAAAUGAGGAGGAGAAGUCUGACGAUUGCAUUCUGUGACCUCUCCCCCCAUCUUUUAAGUCCAAUCAUCCAAGUUUGUCAGCGUCUGUCUGAAGGAUUCCGUCUUUCUUUGUCUUUUGUGUGAGGAAACGGCCAUUUUGAAGCACUUAGGAAUAUGAAGCGGGAGCUGAUGUACCUCCUAGCAAAUAAGGGCUGGUGGUAAACUACUUCAUCAUCUUUUCCCAAAAAAAAAGGUUGUCACCUUUCUUUGAUUUUAAUUUUGGUUAUUUAUCGAGACACGCAAGAAGUUUAUUUGGGUAUGGUGGGAGUUUAUUUGAUGGUUCAUCUGGACACACAUCAUUGAUUUGAAGGACACAGAAGUUGAUUAUUUUUGCUGGACACACUGCACAUUUAUUCAAUUAUUUAUCAGAGCACUCAAAAAGCUACUUCAUCAUUUAUCAUGAUGCAAAAAUGUUGUUCAAAGUUUGUUUGAUUAUUUAUCAUAUAUGGAAAUUGUUAUUUAUCAGGACACACAAGAAGCUUAUGAGGUAAUUUAACAAGAUGUUGGUUAGCCGGGCAUUACUUUGUAUUAAUUAUGAAAUAAUUGCACACAAUUUCCGGAGAUGUUGAGUUCACACCGAAGUCUCUUUCACAUCUGAGAAAUACCCUGACCUUUUUGAAUUUAAUUCAAUUUCCCCCCCCACUUAAUCCGUCAUGCUGAAAAGAAUACCUCAUUUGAGUCCAUCUAUUAGGCAGAAUUCUUGGAAAUGCUGACAAUUUUUUCAGAUGUGCGUAAAAUUGCCAUGUAGUACACUGGAAAUAGCCUGAAGCUCUUGACUUUUAUGUGAGAGGAAUUAAAUUGCGGAACUGUAUCUUUUGAUUUCAGCAACCGUUCUCACUCUGGUGUGAUGAUGGUUGGCGAGCUUUGUUGUUUUUCUUGUCGGGUUUAUUACUACUUGUGUUAUUUACGACUGAUUGCUCCACAGGCGGUCGGUCGUUCUGAGUCAGCCUUUGUUCUCUUUUCUGCCUUUGCCGACGCGUCCAUGCUAAGCUAGCUGUUUAGCCGCGUGUUUGCGAGGAUACAUAUAUUCAGGGACGUGUGUAUGUAUGAAGCCAAUAUUUACAACUUUGCUUUUUCCUGACUCUUCUUUGAGCUGCUAUUUGCGUACAUUUUUGUUUUGUGUGCGCGUUUGUCGCUGCCAAAUAAUUGUAAAUAAGAAAACAGCUCAAAUUUGAUGAGAUAUUCUAGCCAUCUUCCUUUUCUGUGUAACACCAAAGAGAUUAAUUUCAUAAUUUUGAGUAUUAUUUAUUGCCCAUUUCGUUGGCCCGUAUAUUUGGUGCAAUAGGUUGGGGGAAAUUUGCAGAAACAUGACAAUGGUGUUUGCAUUUAUUUUUUCAUCUAUUUGCUCAAAAAAAAAAAAAAAAAAUUAGUUUAGUUGUCAUAUUUCAUGAAGUAACGCUCAACCAAUGAAUGAUGGAUUGGCCGGCCAAGCUUACUGGCCGAUAUUAGCUCUUUAAAAAUCAGCAAAAAUUGGCCAAAUUUUUGUUGCAUGUAUUUUUUUCCAAAUUUUUGCUGAUUGUUUUUGUUUCCUUAAAACACAUUAAAAUAUAAAACAAAGAUAAUUACAUGGAUGCAAUGACUCUGAAUUAUUUUUUUUCGCCUAAUCAGACACACCCAAAAAAAGACUUAAAUUUAGUCCGUGAAACAGGACAAAGCAACAAAGCUUUUGGUUUUUUUUUUUUCUCCCCGCUUUUUGUGUGUAAAAACUUCCCUCACGCCAAAUACGACACAAAGAAGCGCAAUUUGAAAGCCACUGAGUACAAGCAGCAGCCAUGUGAUGUGCGUUUUGCACUAUUUUUUCUACUCUUUUUGUUGUUGUGAAAGGACCAAAACACGUCAGAACUUAUCUAUGCUUGUCUCUCUAUGUCAUUUGCCAACCUGUGUCAUUUGCUUAUCAUCAGGUUUGUUUUUCAGGUUCAUACAUAUGCAGGUUUGUGUGUGUGCGAUCAUAUUCCAAAGGAGUACCUUUAAAUUUCAUUAUUUAGGAUGGAAUGCCUCAACUUUGAGCGUUGUAUUUUUUUUUUCUUGUCUCUCUCUCUCUCUCACACACACACACAUACGUCUUUUUUGUUCCCACCUUUUGUGGCCUCGCCUUUUCUAGUGCUUCGGGAUACACAAAGCGGGCCCCAAACAAAAUGGGGCUGCCCAUAAUAUCUCUUCGCACAUUGACGGAUGCAUGUUUACAAACGCGUAUUAUCUCGACAUUUGUAUUUACUCACAAUAAAAACUCAACGAGAUGUUUACAUUGGCGUGUAAGUGCGCGUGUGAUUUUUCCUGGCUUUUGCAAACGCGCUGCUGCAUAAAGGCUUUUGCUUGGCUUUACAGCACUGUGCAAUGGUGGGUAGGGGGGGGGGUCUUGAUUCCAAGCCCACUCGUCCAUCCAUCAUACAUCUGAUCGUCUGUCUCUCUGUCUUCUGGGAUGAAUAUCUGUGGAGUUGCAGUAUUUUCUCAUUUUUGUACAGUUUUAUUAAAGAUGAAUUUCCCACUCACUUAAUCUGCUGCCACAAACAAUUACACUGUAGAUAUAACUGUGCAAUGUAAAAUAAAUGUUAAAAA